AUGUCGCUCGACAAUGCUAAGAGCGCGAAGAGCGCCCGGACGGCUUUUACGGAAAGCAGCCUCUUGAGAACGCUCGCGGCUAUCCUCCUCUGCUUCCUCUUUAUAUAUCUUGUCCACGUGUGGACUCCUGGAGGACUCGACCUAGUGGGAUGGAAACCGGAGGGAAACAUCAAGCAACCGACUUUGUGGGAAGAUCUUGUGCAGGGAAAAAGAGACGACGAUUUGGCGAAAAUCCGCAGCGAGUGGUUAUUGGAGCUCUCAUUUAUUGAAAAGGCCAGCCUCCUGCCUUCCAUCGCGGGCGAGUUUAUUGAAAGUCUGCUUGAUCCUGAAACCCUCUCGAUCACGUCUAUGGAUGUACCAGAUCUGUUGGCGUUGACCACGAGUGGAUCCAUUUCAUCGGAAGUAGUAGUGACGGCCUUUUGCAAGCGCGCCGCGUUUGCCCAUCAGUUGAAUAAAUCUCUCCUGGAGAUUAACUUUGAGAGCGCCAUUGUGCAGGCCAAAAAGUUAGAUGCCUAUUUCAAACGGGAGGGCAAAGCUCUCGGGCCGCUCCACGGUCUACCAAUGACUCUUAAAGAUCAGUACCAUGUCAAAGGAAUGAACACGACGAUGGGAUACGUCGGCUGGAUUGAUACCUUUGAAGGAAGCAAAGACUCACCUCUCAAAGGGGCUACAGAAAGUGAAAUCGUUCGUGAGCUAGAAUCCUUGGGCGCUAUAAUCAUUGGCAAAACCACUUGUGUACAAAGUCUCUGGUAUGGGGAAACCAACAAUAAUAUCCUCGGAUAUAACUUCAACCCAGUCAACCAGAAUCUUUCUUCUGGCGGAAGCUCUGGAGGUGGAUCCGUUUCUAUGCCGGCAUCAUACAAUGGUAUUUUUAGCAUCAAGCCUUCCGCCAACAGACUUUCUUUUAAGAACGUGGCGAACUCGUCCAAGGGUCAAGCUCAUAUUCCCACGGUCCCGGGACUGCUUGGGCGUUCUAUUUCUUCCAUUAGGCUUCUGUUCGAGGCACUUCUGUCCACUGAACCCUGGCUUCGUGACCCCGAAGUCAUUCCCCUCCCCUGGCGGGAAAACCAGGCACAGAAUUACACCAAACGCAAGCUAUCAUUCGGUGUCUACGCACAUGACGGCAUAGUAAGGCCACAUCCCCCAAUUGAGCGGGCUCUGAACAUAGUGAUCGACGCUGUGCAAGCGCAAGGGCAUGGCGCUGUCGAUUGGAAUCCCCCAAACCACACUGAAGCAGAAAUAUUGCAUGACAAAAUAGUAAAUGCGGAUGGCAACUAUGAUGUGCCCCAACAGUUGGCGCUCUCCGAGGAGCCAUUUAUCCCGGAGCUAAUUCCUUAUUUUCCGAAUGGGAAGCCCCAAAAGCCGCUGAAUGCUAUUGAAGUCGAGCAGUUCGUCCAAAGGCUUCAUGCAUUCAGAAAUGAUUAUAACGAGUAUUGGCUCUCGACUAAAGCCCUUAGCGGGACAGAUCGGCCGGUUGAUGCCUUGAUUAUGCCUAUAACACCCACGGCUGCCGUCAUCCCAGGGAGGUCAUUCUACUACACGUAUACGUCCAUUAUCAAUACGCUCGACUAUGUAGCGAUUGUAAUCCCGGUUACAUUCGCAGACAGAGCCAUUGACAAACUUGAUGUCGAUUACCUCCCAGUCAGUGAGGUUGAUAGACGCAACUGGAAUGCUUAUGAUGCAGACAUGUACCACGGCGCACCGGCGUGUGUGCAGAUAGUGGGACAACGUCUUCAGGAGGAGAAACUGUUGGUCAUCGCGCAGAGGGUGGUGGAUGCCAUAGAGGAGUACAAAUAUAAGCAAGAGAGGCUCUCGGGGAAAGAAACCGGUCUGAAGGUGCAGAAUACCGAUAUAAAUGGCUAG